UGCCCCGGUUCCGCGGUGCUCGCUCCCUCCCGUCCCCACGGCAGCCGCAGGAGAACCCCGCCCGCGCGUACCCGGGCAAGCCCAAGCUCCCGCUGUUCGGCCAACGAGCUGACAUUGGAAACCCAGCAGUAAGCAGAGCAAGUUUGGCUAGUAGCAGGACUAGUUUACUGUCUCAGCCUGCGACACAGCUCAGGAUUGAAGUUGAUGAGCUGGAGCACAUAUUGUGUGAAAAAAUGAGAUCUGAAGGCUAUUUUACUAUGAGACAACUGUUCAAAAACAAUGACCCUGAGGGCAAGGGACAGGUCAAUAGAGAUGUGCUGCUAAUGAUGCUGACCAAAUUUCUGGGAAGGUAUAUCAGCUUCAAGCAGUAUCAGCAACUUCUUCUAAGGCUUAAACUACAGGACAAAGCCAUUAUCAAGUGUGAAGAGUUAUAUGCAGCGAUUCGUGAUCCUGCUACUUUUGGGGCUCCAGUGUGGCUUGAUCCCAUCAACCACAGACAGGGGGACAGAAUUAUGAUGACUGCAUCACAGGUGCAUGCACAACUAAAAGAAAAAGCAAAACAAAGGUCCCUGGAUAUUGCUGAUCUGAUGCCCGAGAAGAACCCAGAUGAUGACAUCAGGAUUCUGAUGCCUGAGUUUAAGAACAUACUUAACAAACUAGGUUUUCACAUUGGAAAUGAGGAGUUUGAAAAGCUUUGGAGAAGGUAUGACACAGAAGGAACAGGGGUUCUGAAAGGAGAUAUACUACUUAAAAAACUAGGAGCUGAGCUCCGAAAUGGAUCUUCAAACAAUGCUAAAGUUUCUGGGCAAAGCAGAGAAAUCUCAAAAGCAGAGUGGGAACGCAGAGCUUCACUUGACAUAGAAAGGUGGCUGAAAGAUAAAUUCAGAGAAGGAUUUAGAAAUAUGAAAGAAGAAUUUGAAAAACAUGACCCACAAAAAACAGGCAAGGUGGGAAAAGAAUCCUUCUUGUCAAUCCUACAAAAAUUUGACAUGCAUCUCAAAAAGGAGCAUUUUAACCUUUUCCUGGCAAGAUGUGGUCUUGAAAACAGUCAAACUGGGAUCAAUUAUUUGGAUCUUUUAAGGAACUUCCAGGAUCGUAGUGACAGAGGGAUCUCACACAAAAUUCUCUCUAAUCCCAAGCAUAAAUUUAAUCGUGAAGGGAGCAUCAGCCCAGCUUCCACUCUGACUGCAAUUGAGGCAAAGUUGGCAAAUUUGUUUCAAUCUGAAUUCCUUUCACUCUUGGCCACUUUCCAAAAAAUUGACAGGUUGCAGAGAGAGGUCAUUAGUCAGCAGGAGUUUCAAGCAGCAGUUGAGAGCCGGUUUGGCGUGGAGAUUACUGAUGAAGAGUUUGAGCUGCUACUUGACAGAAUCCCCCUUGAUGAAGAUGGAAAUGUCAGAUACCCCCAGUUCAUGGCCAUGUUUGAUACUCGGCUUGACAUCCGACCUGAAAUAACUCGAGGUGAAAUCCGCAAGCUGUGGGAAACUUUAAUUACAAAUCAGGACAAUACCCUUGACUUCAUGGAGUUCGUGAGACACUUUGGAUACUCCCCCAGCUCUUCGUGUUUCUCCAAUGCCAAGAUUAGUCCACCCAGAAAAGGGGACAAUAACUUCAGGCUGUUUUCUAAAAAGCUCAGCUGUGAUUCUGACAUACUGGUGGACAGGGUGCGAGCAAAGGUGGAAUAUUUGUGGGAUGAUCUCAAGAAAGAAUUUGAAGAACUAGACCCCUACCAUACAGGCUUUGUGAGCAAGAAGGAAUUUAAAGAUAUUUUGACUGAGCUGUGUGUGCAUCUGAAUGAAUAUGAGUGUGAAAUGCUGGGACAGAAAUUUGAAAGCAAUGGAAAUGGAUGUGUUUCAUACCUGGAGUUCCUGAAGCCCUUUGCUUUAAGUAGACAAAGAUGGAAGAAUGGGAAUAACAUGGCUGCUGUUAUGCAGGCAUCUCAGGGUGAGAGAGACCAAUCCUGCAAGGGAACGGAGACUGCAGAGCUGGGUGGUCUGACAACCAGAUUACAAAAAAAGUUACGAGGGGACUGGAAGACCCUUCGAAGAGCCUUUAAGAAGCUGGAUAUUGACAGCAGUGGCCAUCUCUCUUUGCCAGAGUUCAGAUCUGUACUGAAGCUCUGUAACCUUCUGCUAGAUGAGGAUGAGGUUUACCACAUUCUAUCUAAAUUUGAUCCCAACCUGGAUGGGCGAAUUGAUUACAAGUCCUUUUUGGAAGAAACUUGCAAAAAAUGCUAACCACGUACAGCCAAAAAAUCUCCUGCAAACCUACAAUAAAAUAAUGUAGAAUAUUCUUGUGAGUAGAAGAGGAAGAAUUGUGUCUGCCUGCUCCCAGCUGCUUAUGCUUCCAGCUAAGUCAUUUGCUUCUCUUUGGAGUGUGGAUCUCUGCUUUGUGUCUUUUGGCUACUCAUGAGUUGCCCACUGUAUUACCAGUUGUUUUGUAGGGGGAUAAUAAAAACUGUGAGAGCAGAGAGUGCAGCUGAGCAUUAAACAAAUACUGUACUAUAUUUAAAACCUGAUUCAAGCUGUUACUAAGGAAACUAAUAUUGUGAAAAGCAGAGGCAAGGAUGCAUCUUAGAGAGAAAAUAAAACUUUCAGUGAAGGUACCAGGUGGAUCUUUGCUGUUUAGGAUGCAGUGACAACGAGUCCCUUUGAUUUCACUGAGAGUUGGAUCAGAUCCUUUGUAUGUGUUAGCCAGAAUUUGGCCCUUAAUAUAAACAUACAUUUUCAUGCUUCGUUAUCUUUUUACUUACAAACGUAUUUUCUCCAUAGAGUACAACAGGCAGAGGGCCCGAUUCUGCAGCAGCUCUGCACAUUACUUCACUGAACAUUCCAUGCUCAAAGCAGUUGUAUGUUUAGACCCAUGUUAGUUAUCUGUUUGUUUUUGUAGUACAAAUACAUUUUCAUAAACAUGUAAAUGCAUAGUUGAUUUGGUUAAAUAAAUAUCUGAAUUCA